CGGGGGCAUGCCGGCCAGGCAGCAGCGUGCGAGUGGCAGCGCGGGGGCCCGAGCAGCUCCCGGCCCGGGGCGCCGGGGGCCGGAUGGCGGAACCCACGCGCGCGGCGGAGCCAGGGAGGUUUGCGCUCCGCUCGUCGCGCUGCAGGGAGGGCGCGGUGCCAACCGCGAGCGCCCAGAGACCCAAAAAGAAAGCUUUUUAUUUGCUGAGGAUGAAGCCCCUGAAGGAUCCCGCCCCCAACAACAACAACGUGUCCUUUGCGAUCCACUGUCAACUGGGCAAGGAGAUCAAACACAUUUGCAGCAACUGCAGUCGGGGGCAGGACGCCCGGGACGCUGAAGAAGUGGAGAGACUGGCGGCGAUGCGUUCAGAUUCUCUCGUCCCAGGUACCCACACCCCACCCAUCCGGAGGAGAAGUAAGUUUGCCAACCUGGGAAGGAUUUUCAAGCCUUGGAAAUGGAGGAAGAAGAAAAGUGAAAAGUUCAAACACACAUCUGCAGCCCUGGAAAGGAAAAUAUCAAUGAGACAAAGCAGAGAGGAGCUGAUAAAGCGAGGAGUCUUGAAGGAAAUCUAUGAUAAAGAUGGGGAGCUGUCCAUAUCGAACGAAGAUGACUCCUUGGAAAACGGGCCAUCUCUGAGCUCCAGCCAGCUGUCUCUGCCAGCCCUGUCCGAAAUGGAGCCAGUCCCAAUGCCUGGGGAUCCCUGCUCGUAUGAGGUGCUCCAACCUUCAGACAUCAUGGAUGGGACAGUGUCUGAAGAGAGUCCCUCUGCCAGUGAGUCUGGAGUCCUCCUGUCCCAAGAUCCUUCAGCCAAACCAGUCCUGCUACUGCCCCCCAAAAAACCUGCUGCUUUCCCUGGAGACCAUGAGGAGACCCCAGUGAAGCAGCUGUCCCUUCUCAAGCAACCCCCUGCCCUGCCUCCCAAACCCACUGCCAGGAUUGCCAACCACUUAACAGAUCCUGGCGCCCCUGUGAAAUUGCCUUGUCUGCCAGUGAAACUGUCGCCUCCGCUACCUCCAAAGAAAGUCAUGAUCUGUAUGCCUGUUGGGGGGCCAGACCUCUCCCUGGCAUCCUACGCAGCUCAGAAGAGUGGCCAGCACCACACAGUUCUGCCAUCCCAGAUCCAGCACCAGCUGCAGUAUGGCAGCCUGGGUCAGCACCUCCCUUCCACCACCGGCUCCCUUCCCAUGCACCCCUCAGGCUGCCGGAUGAUAGACGAGCUGAACAAAACACUGGCCAUGACCAUGCAGAGGCUAGAAAGCUCUGAGCAGCGCGUCCCCUGCGCCCCUUCUUACCAUAGCUCUGGUUUGCACUCGGGUGACGGUAUCACAAAAGCAGGACCUCUGGGCCUUCCGGAAAUAAGACAAGUGCCAACUGUUGUGAUUGAAUGUGAUGACAAUAAAGAAAAUGUGCCUCAUGAGUCGGACUAUGAAGACUCUUCUUGCCUCUACACAAGGGAAGAGGAGGAGGACGAGGAAGACGAGGAGGACGGCAGCCCCCUGUACACCAGCUCCUUGGCCAUGAAGGUAUGCAGGAAGGACUCCUUAGCCAUCAAACUCAGCAACAGACCCUCCAAGAGAGAACUCGAAGAAAAGAACAUCCUUCCCAGGCAGACAGAUGAAGAGAGACUGGAGCUGAGACAGCAGAUUGGUACCAAGCUAACCAGGCGACUGAGCCAGAGGCCAACUGCAGAGGAAUUGGAGCAGAGGAACAUUUUGAAACCUCGGAAUGAACAAGAAGAACAGGAGGAGAAAAGAGAAAUCAAGAGGAGACUAACUCGAAAGCUCAGCCAGAGACCCACAGUGGAAGAACUUCGGGAAAGGAAGAUCCUUAUCCGUUUUAGCGACUAUGUGGAGGUGGCCGACGCUCAGGACUACGACCGCAGGGCUGACAAACCGUGGACCCGCCUCACUGCUGCUGACAAAGCUGCCAUUCGAAAGGAACUCAAUGAAUUUAAAAGCACUGAAAUGGAAGUUCACGAAUUGAGUAGACAUUUAACAAGGUUUCACCGACCUUAACAGUCAAGUUCUUCCUGAGUGCUAUGCUGUCUUCAAAACAUAAAUUUAUAAGAACCAUAAGUGCUGGUAUUUAUUCACACCUCCCCAUUACCAUUUAAAUCUUUGGAACUGCCUUUUUUUUUUUUUUUGAGAAGAAGAGAAAUUAAAGGAAACACAAUCAGGAUUCUAUCUGUCUACUGUUCAGUGGACAGAGCUGCUGGCACCACCGCUGAUUAUGAAUCAUGUCCUAUGGAGCAAGACUGAGGCACCAAGCUGCGCCUCCCUGAAGACUCCCACACUCAAAGCGUCCUGGGCCUUGCAGGGCAGGCUUGCAGGCAACACAUGCAUUUAGACUCCAGUGAACUUCUUCUUGAAGGCACUUGUCACCAGAGUCCAAAGAAAGCUGAGGUGUUGGGUUUGGCCUGGGGGUGACCAUACAAAGAUCUGGUUGGCCUUUUAGACUUGGCCAGAUGCAUGGGUUACAGAUUUGUCAUCUGGUUUGAGGGCCCCUGAGGAGGUUGCUAAGAGGGAACACUGUUCUCAGUUGCCCCGACCACCUUUCCUUCUUGUGUUGUGGACAGAAGGGAAGGGCCUUUUCUGGGGUAGUCUCUGGUGGGCUGUUGGUCCUGAGAAUAUGUUUACUCCAGGUUCUGUGACAGGCACUGAGCACCAUCCAGUCCCCUCAAUCCAAAUGAGCUAUCUUUCUGGAAGCUCUGGUUUAAAAGGAGGACACUGUCAUCUGCUCAGUUCAAAUUUACUACACUAUCCAUGUUAAAAAAAAAAAAAGCCAAUAUCACAGACUGCGAAGGUACUCUUGGGAAUUUGAAUUCAUGCACUUGAGCGGAAAGACCUACUGAGAGUUUAUAGUAGGGCAAACAAUUGUUCGGUUGACGCUUCUUUUCUCCCCUUGGUCCAGGGCUGGUGAUGGUUUGGCUUGGAGGUGAAUAACCUCUGAGUAUGGGAGGCCAGAGAUACCCUAUCAUACUGGCUUUCUAGUCACAGAUACUCUGGUACCCCAGAACCACUGGGCUGGCCUCCUCAUCUCCUUUCUUUGCACUGAGGAGUUACUCUGAACAGCCCAAGUUCAGCCUGUGCCAGAAUGGGCACACACCCACUAGGCUUGCCUAUGCUCGACCUCACUAGGCCUGUUUAUCUGUGGGUGUCCUUCCUCUCCCUCUUGAUGCUGUGAGGGUGACCGAAGAUCUCUCUGUAACUGUCCUUCCCACUUGGGACCACAGGAAAAUAGUGCUUCGUUGAUAGGGCAACGGCUCUCCUUAUGAGGCCCAUUACUGCCCCUUCUGCUUUUCUUCCUGAUGGAGUUCACAGGCUCUCAGUUGCCAGGCUCUGCCUGAACUACUGGAGUGGUCUCAGUGAGCGCCACCUCUGUGGGUGAUGGCCUGCUCCCCACGCAUGCCCAGGAUUUAAAGAUGUCAACUUGGCCUUCACAAAAAGUGUUAACAGUCCCCACCUAAACCAGGUGAGGCCAUUUAAUUUUCUGUGGGCAUUCUCACUCCUGUGGCCAGCAUCACUCAGGAGCUGUGCAUACCUGGGGAGAGCUCAGGGCAGUUCAGGCAGUGCCCAGCAGCCAUUGCAAAGCUGCUCUAUGCUUUCCUCAUACCACCUGCAUAGAGCACACCCUGCCCUGCCCCAGGAGGCCACCAUCCCUGGUUCCUUUUUUUCUUUGAAUGUUGAAUCUGCAUAGUUACUGCCCUGAGUAGUUUUGUUCAGGGAAAAUGUGGUCGGGACUUCAGUGUGGCUGUAAACAAUUCCUGAAAGGCUUACUGACAUUUGAAUGUGUAAAUAGUCUGAUGAAAGAUUAGGCUUCUUUUGUUUGACCUCCUGACAGUGGGCAUUAUAUCCUAGGCAGUGGUGCCCGCCUAGCCAGGGGUAGAGUCUGAGCGUCCUCUAUCUUGCAGCUGUGCUACGUGCAGCUUCUGGGACCCUGGCUCAGUCUUUAGGAAACACAUUCCAUCGCCUGGCUUCUUCCACAAAGGCUAGUGGCUCUCUGCAGGCCUUGGUUCUGGGCUUUCAGAUUCCCUAGGAACUUGACACCCAACUCAGCCUCCUUGCAGCCAGCCAGCCAGCAGUCCAGGUUUUCUGCCUGAAGUGCCCUAUUGUUAGCAGCCCACUUUGUGCAUGGAAGAAAUCAAACAGUAUCCACCUGUCUUCCUGCAAGGCACCCUUCUCCAGAAGCCACUUGCAUGGAGUUAGGGGUGCAACUUCUAGCCACAAGAAGCUCACUUUCAAGAUGGGUUCUUUCAAGCCCAUUUUUCAUGGCUCAGCUGACUCAGUGGCCCAAGAGUCGGCCCUCUGCUGGCUCUCUCCCUUCUUGACGUUCUGAGGUUGAUAGAAAUCAAUCCAAAUUUCUUUUUCUGCCACAUUGUUAUAACACCUGAAAAAUGCUUUUGACUUUCCAAGGUGACAAUUUGACAUUAAUUAGGAAAA